AUAGGGACAAACGUGUCGGAACCUUGUCCCUGUUUGGUGGUGUUAGAGUAACCUUUGCCUUCUUUAAGCCUUCUUUAAAAGAAAUUAGAAAGCCCCAGGCCUGGAGCCCGAACUUUCAAGCUCCGUAUAGCUCCAGACUAAAGUAAGGGGAGCCCCAAGCAAAGCGGUGGGAAUGAUUGCUGGAUAUUCCCGGUAUGGCCCAGGCCACCCUCUCUCCCCGUGGUACUCUUGUGAGCACUUCGCCACCUCCGACCCUGUUACUCCUGAAACCUGCCGGCAUUUCCUAUCAUUUUCAGGCAUGGGAGAGAAAAAAGGAAGCGGGAGGCAGUCUCCUAACACGGCCCAAGUAGCUGCAUCUUCUACGAUUCUGAAGGCAACCGUCUGAAACUCCCAUCUGUGAUUAUUCCCUCCCCAGAAUCGCCGUGAAAAUAACACUUCUCAACAGAGAAAAAGAAGCCCUCUUAUUCUUGGAUUGAGGGCAUCAGGUGGGAACCCAGCUUCAUUCCAAACUGAGCUUGCCAUCCUAUUGGAGAUAAAUGAAUGCCUCUGUUUUGGUUUUUCCUCAGGCAGGAGCCACUUUGAUUCCUGGAGAGCAUUACACAGAAGUCUCAUCCCAGACCUCCAGCCACCGCCACCACACGACUCAUUUCCCCUGGGACUGAGGCUAUUUACCUGGGCUCCCCACGGAGGGGGAUGAUGCAGGAGGGGAAUCCCACCUGCUGUGAGUCACCUGCUAGUUUAAAGGGCGGGUCUCACAAUGCGGGGACCUUAAAAAGAGACUCAGAGACAAGGGGAGAAAAUCCACAGGAAGCAGCUCAGAAGCACGGUGAGCACAGAACAGACAGAAUCGGAUUCAGAGCAAGGGGAAGUGGACAGAGGUCCCACAGGACUGCAAGGCACGGGGCCAGCCGGACUGGAGAGGCAGGCAGCGAGAUGCUGGGGGACGGAGCCGUGCUGCCGCUGCUGCUGCUGCUGCCCUGGACAGCUCCGGGCCCGGCUGUGUCAGAGGCCGCUGGCCCUGCUUGGGCUCGGGGCCAACAGCUCUCACAGCAACUCUGCAUGCUAGCCUGGAGUGCACACCUGCCAAUGGGACAUAUGGAUCUACCAAGAGAAGAAGGAGGUGAUGAGACUACAGAUGAUGUCCCCCGUAUCCAGUGUGAGGACAGCUGUGAUCCACAAGGACUCAGGGACAACAGUCAGUCCUGCUUGCAAAGGAUUCAUCGAGGCCUGGUUUUUUACGAGAAGCUGCUGGGCUCAGAUAUUUUCACAGGGGAGCCUUCUCCACCCCCAGAGGGCCCUGUGGACCAGCUUCACGCCUCCGUACUGGGCCUCAGGGAGCUCUUGCAGCCCGAGGGUCACCACUGGGAAACUGAGCAGACCCCAAGCCCUACUCCCAGCCAGCCAUGGCAGCGCCUCCUGCUCCGUCUCAAGAUCCUUCGAAGCCUCCAGGCCUUUGUGGCUGUAGCUGCCCGGGUCUUUGCCCAUGGAGCAGCAACUCUGAGCCCCUAAAGCCAGCACUCAAGGAUGACUCCCAGGCCUCCACGGCUCAGGAAUGCGGAGAUCAGUCUGUCCACCUGGACACCUGUGAGCCAGCAAGUUCCUCAGUCCAAUAAUUUUAAUGAGACUUACUCUGUUGAAAAAUUACCAAAACUGACUGACUUAUGAUGUUGACCUAGAAGAGGCUGAAUAUUUAUUACAUGGGAAGGGAAAUUUUGGGAUUAUUUAUAGUGGCAGGAGCUUGGGGAUGAGGAUUAUUUAUUAUAUUUAUACUGAAUUAUGUACUUUUUUCAAUAAAGACUUAUUUAUGUGGA